CUGGGAGGCUGGAGCUGAGGGGAGCCGGAACCUCCCUCUUCCCGGCGGCAAAACCUUGAGGAAAUAUUUUCUUUUUUAAACAGAUAAAUUCAUGAGAUAAGAAAAAGGAUGGCAUCUAGAGUAAAUACCAGUUUCACUUUGAUUCCCAACCAGAAAUACAGACGUAGUAAUCAUCGAUCCAGCCAUUUUCCCAACAUCCUUGACCCAGAUUCUCAGCCCUUAUCAACGCUUGGAAAUUUUAAAGCCUUGCCAUUGGAAAUAUUCCAAAUAAUCUUAAGAUGUUUGUCAGGAAGCAAAAGACUUUUACUACAGGACUUUCAUAACCUUGAGCUGCCUGACGGGAGACAAGACUCCACUAUAUUGGAACACUACAGAUCUCUAGGUCUACUGUUUAAAAGAUGUACAUUGCUGCUACCCACAAAGGAAAGACUAAAGUACAUUCACAAGAUACUCGCAGAAGUUUCCUGUUUUAAAUUUAACGGCUGUGUAGCUCCAUUGCAAUGUUUAGGAUUACCAUGUUACGGCAUGUUUUUACAGACCUUAACAGCAGGAUGGGAUGAACUUGAGUGCCAUCGUGUUUAUAACUUCUUAUGUGAGCUGACUAAUCUCUCCCGCAAGAUGCAGACAGUUGUCUGCAGCAAACCAGGAAAUGCCCGAAAACUGGAGUUAAGGAUCAGACUGUUCUGUAGGAACGUUCUUCUUGAUCAUUGGACCCAUCGAAGUGAUUCUGCAUUUUGGUUGACGUGUAUAUUAAAACCAUGGCCAAUGGUGAAUCAGGCAAGAUUACUGUAUAUCAUCUUUGGACCAGUAGCUCCUCAAGAUGGACAGGUGGUUUGGCAGAAAAUGAUAGAAGAACCUGCAGAUGAACCCAGUCUGAAAGGUUUGGCUGAUGCCAUUAAAUUACUAUAUGAUACAGGCACCAAAGGAUGGACAGCAGAUGAUGUUAUCAGUCUUGUAGAUGAACUAUCAGUGGUUCCCCGUGAGUGGCUUCUAGAGAAUAAUGCACAUCUCCUAAUCCUAAGUGGGAACAGCAUCUGUUUCACUUUCAUGGCUAGUAAAGCUGUGAAUGGACGGGCCAUUGAACUGGCAAAGCUGAUAGUCUUUUUGGCGUUGGUAUGUGAGAAAGAACUAUACUGCAUGGAUUGGGCAGUUAAAAUGACGCGAAAAGUCUGUAAAGUCUUUAGCACUCCGGUGGAAAGAAAUAACUUCCUGCAGAGUGUGGCAAAUGCAUUUGCGUAUGUGAUAAUGGAAAUGCUACAAUCAGUUAUGUCUGGAGAGCAUGAUGAAGACGACAGAAGCUUUCUGAAUUUGUUCCAUCUUGUGCAUGCUCAGGCUAACUUCCAUAAGGAGGUCCUGUGUUUGACCAUGAAUACUCUCUCUACCUAAAUACUCAGAAAGCCUUGCAUUUAGAGAAUAACUCAGUGAACUAACUAUUAGAAGAGUGCUACUUUUCCACACUCAG